AUUAGUGAUCUACGGUGCGUUAGAAAGUACGGCUUUCGGUGUCUUCGCUGUGUGUGAUAUAAUCGGCUCUGGCAAGAAUCCAGAGCUUUCGUACAAUCUAGUCAAUCGCAAAGUAUUUAAAAAACAAUGUGCUACCUGCAGCGUCUGAUGGACACGAGUCCGUUGCUCCAGAAGUCGUCGACCAGUCGGGCGAACGUGGAGUUGCUGGAUGACCGUAAGCCGAAACGUAAUCCGACUCCUACGGCGCGUCACCACGAGAAACCGGCGAGUGAGCAGAUCCAUCAGGAUGUGCUCGGUGCAGCAACCCGUGUAACCCGUUCCAUCUUUCACAGUCUGCGUGAUCAAACCCAUCGCUUUCAACGGUGCCAGCUGUACAAAAUUCUGACGAGCACGACGCAACCGAGUCAUGCAAUAUCGGCAAUCGUGGUGUCCCUGGUGCUGGUCGCUCUUUGGCCGAACCUAAUCAGUGGAAAGGGUGACGCGCAACAGCAGUGCGAACACGGCCAGCCGGAAGCGGGUCACAGUCGUGGCAGUCCGCUAACACAGAUUGCCUACCUUAGUUCCUUUACCAUCCACUUCGGUGCUCAAAUAUGGAUGACGUUCGUUUCCGGACUCGCCUUGUACUUUUCGCUACCACGCCACACAUUCGGACUGAUCCAGGAGGUACUGUUCCCGAAGUAUUUUACGCUCGGUACCGGCCUCAGCACAAUCAGCCUGGUCAGCUUCGUGGAACUUCGUCGCAGUACACGGCCAGAGUUGGCCGUCCGUAACCUAGCGCACUGGGAUCCGGUCGAUCUGCUGCAGAUCGCUGCGCUGGCAAUAACGGCCACACUCGAGCUAUUUGUGCGCCUCUACCUAGCACCGCCGAUGUUGCGCCUGAUGCACGAAAAGCAUCGCAUCGAGGCACGGGCCAGCAUCGGUCAGGAGGUGGGCCAGUUCGAUGGUACCGGUAACGGGUGCCUGGAGCGUUCGCUUCACUACAAGGCGACGCACAAAAAGUUUCGCCAGAUACACAUGGUCACCGCCAUCCUCAACAUGGUCUCACUGACGUGCACCUGUGUGCAUCUGCUGUACCUCGCAACGCGCGUGACCAUUUAAUAUGAGCCGGUGUCCUCACCUUCAAGCAACAUUCAACCAACCCUACUAUAGUAUGUAAGGCUAUUUAUUUGACGAUUUAGUGUUGAUGGAAGUAACAGUUUAGAGCAGAUUGGGAAUGUAAGUCUGCACCGCAUCUGGACGGCAUUUCCGUACUAAAACAGGGCAUAUGUCCCGCUCCUCCUGCUGAUCUCCACUCUGCGAAAGUUUAAUCUCAGAACAGGAAAACAUCGGACAGGACAAUCAAUUUUGUUUUCUGUGUAGAUUAUCACAUUACUAGCAUUGUAGGUUAAAAUCAAGUGAAUAGCCGAAUUAACUUCUAGCUCCCGGUUCCACAGAAUGCAGGGCACCUUCAAUAACUAAGCUGCUCGUAAGGAGCGCGCUCGAGAGAGGAAAAAGAAAGAUUAAGUGAAGAGAGAAAAACAACAGUAUUGUUUCACGUAACAGUUGGCCCCUAAUAGCCUAAUACUACUUCCAGCCGAUUCUGUGAUCACACAGCAACAGUGCCAUACAGAAAGCGAAGCAACCGAAACAGCGAUGUGCAACGUGUGUUUUGGUUUCGGGAAGUGUUUAAAGUGAACGAUCAGAAAAGAAGCUAAAUCUAGCGCUAAUAAAUCAUCGUGACGGAAAAGCAAUACGAACAUGUAAGGUUCUAUCGCUCAACAAUACGUACAAAUAGACAGUGACAGUUACUACCAUCUGUCGGUUCCUGCUCUGUAAGAUCAUCUGCUAAUCUUCUGUGUUCUGUUAGUUGUUUAGGAUGUAGUUAAUAUUGGGUGUAAGUUUUUAAUUAUUAGCGCGCAUCAU